AAUCCUCACUAAAAUACAAACCCCUUUUCAUCAAUUUUUGUAUAUUUAUUGUAACCAAAUUCCCUCUUUAAUACACCCUACACUAUAUCUCUCUCUCUUUCAUCACUAGUACUGUCACCACUUUCUUUCUAUUCUUCUACUCUCUGCUUAUUCUGUUUCUUUUUUUUACAUCCCUUCUUAGAACUCAGGAAAGAAAAAACAAAUAUGGCGCCACCUGGCUCAUUUGGAAACAACAUUACUGUUGGUUCAUUUGAGGCUUUUUUUCAAGGCUGGUUAUUACGCCAAGAACAAUUCUUGAAUGAACUUAUAAUAGCACAAAACACAUUCGAUGAAUCACAAGAGGGUGUUAUUAAAAACCUUAUAUCUGGUGUCCUAGCUCAUUAUCAAGAAUACUUUGAAGAAAAAUCAAGAAUGUCUCAUAGAAAUGUAUUCAAUGUGUUUUCUCCUGCAUGGUUUACUCCAUUAGAAAAAAGUUACUUAUGGAUUGCAGGGUUUAAACCGGGUUUAGCUUUUUCCUUGGUAAUGAAUUCUGUAGAUGAUUUGAGUCAAAAUCAAGUAGAGAGAAUUAAUAGGCUCAAAUUUGAAACAAGGGUUCAAGAGAAGAAUCUUAUGGAUGAGUUGGCGAAAAUUCAAGAAAGUGUGGCAGCCCCUCCAUUUAUGGGACUAGCACAACAGUUCGGAGUUCAUCUCCUGCGAGGGGAUGGUGGAAAAAUAAGAGAAGUGGAUGAAAACAUAGAGACACUAAGAUCAGCUCUAGAAAAUGUGAUAACAGAUGCAGAUAAAUUAAGGACAAGAACAGCAGAGAGGGUGGUGGGGAUAUUAAAUCCUUUGCAGAGUUUGAGGUUUUUGACAGCUGCAGCACAACUUCAGUUGAGAAUAAGGAUGUUGGGAAUGCAGACAGAAGCAGAGAGACUGCAAAUGCAAACCUUAGAUGGAUAUGUUUGGCUAAAUCCACGCGUCAUUCAAAUAAGCAGGAUAAAUGGGUACAUUUAAAUAAUAUUUUUAGAGAUAUACUUAAACCACUAACCUCCAUAGAUAAAUCUAAAAUCUUGCUAUUUCCUACCAGUAUUGCGUUUUCCCUUUUUUCUGUCAGCAUUUUUCACGAUAAUAACGAUUAUGUCUGUGCGUUAAUGCUCAUAUUGUUGGUUUCAAGUCUAUAAUUACACCUGUGUGAGA